CGAAUAUUUACGAAAUAAUGUGCAUUAUUUCACAAUCGAUUAUAAUGUAUAAUUUUCAGUUUACCACCCUUGUUAUUGGGUAGCAGUGAGUCCAAUAUAUUUUUUCUCUUGAUAGGAUAUUCCGAAGUGGAACAGUUUUAGACUCUGUAUUUUCGAAAUGUAAUUUACUAAUGCAUGAAUUGGCCAAUACAAAAUAUCUGAAGCUUUGCCAAGACGUCCUUCUUGUGUACAUUGUUCAAUAACAAGACAUUUAAUCAAUGGAGUUCACCAAUAUUUGCUUCGACUGCACAGACGCACUGUGCCUGCAUUUUCUGUUCCUUUUCGACGUCCGUGGGGAUAGGCAGUCUAUAAAAUAAACAAUAAAUCAGAAUUUUGUAAUGUUUUCGAGUUAUUUCAAGCACGUAAAUAUAAUCAAAGCCAAUACUGGACAAAGGGCAUUCUCAGUUCUGGACAGCAAUAUAAAAUUCAAGAGAAAACUGAAAAAUUUCCCGGUAUGUCUACAAAUUCAAAAAGAUGGAUUAGUUUUGGCAAGGAGAAGAUACUCUUUCAUCCAUGACACACAUUACAUGGGCGGUGAGGACUCGCCAUCCGAAGAAACAUUAUUCGAAAUGUUCAAGAAUCGAGAAACUUGUGAUCUACCAAUUGGAAAAUUUUUAACGGCACUCAAGGAAACUGGUUUACGAAAAAGUGAUCCUAGAUUGAAAGAAAUGAUGGAAUCCCUAAAAAAAAUUCAGAGGGAAAAAAAUAAUGAUGGUUCUUUAUUGGAUACACAGCGACUAGAUUUGGAGACUUUCAAACGAAUAAUACAACCUAGUAUAGGACUCAUAACAAGAGCUUUCAAACAUGAACUCAUUAUACCGGACUUCCAGGAAUUCACAGAUCAUAUAGAAGACAUAUACUGGAAAUGUAAAGACAAUAGCUGUGGCACAGUUGCUAGUUAUAUUCCUCAAUUGAAGAGAAUGAGUUCAAAUUAUUGGGGAGUUUCCAUUUGUACAUGUGAUGGUCAAAGGUAUUCAAUAGGAGAUACCACAAUUCCCUUUACCAUUCAAUCUUGUAGUAAACCAUUAACUUAUGGACUUGCCCUAGAUCUUCUUGGAGACAAAGUUGUUCACAAUUAUGUAGGUCAGGAACCUAGUGGAAGAAAUUUUAACGAGUUGAUUCUGGACUACAAUAAAAAACCUCAUAAUCCUAUGAUCAAUGCUGGUGCUAUCCUCAUCUGUGCUCUACUGAAGACAACUGUGAAUCCAGAAAUGACGCUUGCAGAAAAAUUCGACUUCACAAUGAAUUAUUUUGAGAAACUAGCUGGGAGAGAAGAUAUAGGAUUCAACAACGCUGUGUUUCUGUCUGAAAGAGAAGCAGCAGAUAGAAAUUACGCUCUAGGGUUCUACAUGAGAGAACAUAAGUGUUUCCCUGAAAACUCUAACUUUAAGGAAUGCAUGGACUUUUAUUUUCAGUGUUGUUCCCUGGAAACGAACUGUGAUUUAGUUUCUGUCAUAGGUGCAACCUUAGCAAAUGGAGGAAUAUGCCCCUUAACUGAAGAAAAGGUCUUAAAACCGGAAAGUGUUAGAGAUGUGCUCUCUUUGAUGCAUAGCUGUGGAAUGUAUGACUAUUCAGGCCAGUUUGCUUUCAAGGUUGGUUUGCCAGCAAAGUCUGGUGUCAGUGGAUGCCUUCUGGUGGUUAUACCAAACGUUAUGGGAAUAUGCUUAUGGUCUCCCCCACUGGAUGCUCUUGGAAACAGCUGCAGGGGUGUCCAGUUUUGCCAGGAAUUGGUGAGCAGAUUCAAUUUCCAUCGUUUCGACAAUCUAAAACAUGCAUCGAAUAAGUCAGAUCCGAGGAAACACAGAUUUGAAACUGCAGGAUUGAGGAUUGUUGAUCUCUUGUUCUCGUCAGCUUCUGGUGAUCUGGCAUCUUUGAGGAGGCAUAAACUCUCUGGUAUGGACAUGAAUCUUGCAGACUAUGAUGGAAGAACAGCACUUCAUUUGGCUGCUGCUGAAGGUCAUAUCAAAUGUGUCGAGUUCCUUCUCGACUUGUGUCAUGUUCCUGUUCAAGUGACAGAUAGAUGGGGAAAAACUCCCUUAGACGAAGCUCUUGCUUUCGGUCACACUUCCGUUGCAAAUAUUUUAAAAGAAUAUAUGGAACAUAAUAGAACAUCGUCCGAAUCUACAAGUUAAUAAAUAUACGAGUACGAGGAAUUUUGAGAAACUUUGACAAUAAAAAAAUAUAGUAAUAAAAGAAUGCAUUCAACGAAAUUGAAUCAUAGAUAGGAAAAUGCAAUGUAGGUAUUUCUUGAAUCGAUUGUUGUUAGUAGUUGAUCGUAAUUUUGUCAAUUUUUGGCUGUGAUGUAAAUUUUGAAGGUGGUGUAAAAAUUUGAAGUCGUUGUUCAUACUCAUCUUCCAUCCGAAUGCUCAAUCCAAAUAUUUUUUAAUAGCUUCUUCAACCCUCAUGUCUUAUUGUGAUCUCAAGUCUUCAUCCCUCAAUGUAGAUUCCCUAUUGCUAAUUAAAUAUUUUUGUUAAUGAUGAUUUUCAUGCCUUAAGCUUGUAAUGUUGAUAUGAAAAUAUGAAUGACCCAUUGACAUUUUUACACCUGUCUCAGUAUUAUUGCAUUAGGCUUGGUACACUUGUGAGUAUGUAAAUAUACACAUUUUGUUGA